AGUUUGACGCCUAUUAAAAAUCUAAAUCUGCAAAAUAUGUUCCUAUAUUAAUAUUAAUUCUUCACUAACCCUUUAAAUUUUUUAACACACGUGACUUUAACCCAAAAAGCUUCACCAAAAAUAAUAUUUUUCUCCCCCCAGACACUACCAGCCUCUAUCGUCUUUCAUCUUCUCCAUCAUCUCCCCACAUCCCUCUCUCGUCUUUGCCAUCAAUUACCCAAAAUAAAAAAGCGCUCUUUCUCAAAUUGUUAAAACCUUGUAUACGUGGCUGAUGUUAAACUAUUAACGGGUAUUUUCGAGAAAAUUGGCACUCGGAUUUGGUAAAGGCUGGGGUUUGUGCAGGAGCUUACCAGAAAUUGUCUUCUCAUUUUAAUACAGAACCAUUAGAAGUUUGAUCAGCUGCCUCUUGGGGAGUUACCUUUGUAGCAAUUAAGAUUGACCAUUUUCUGAUAAAAAUAUCUCCACACAACUGGUGAUGAGUACAAACAUAUAGUUGCUUCAUUUUUUGAUAUCUUGAAUGGCUGGAUCUUUGUUGCCAGUGGGUAAGGCAGUCCUAUGUUCCCGCCAACCUUCCAAUGGUUAUAUCUUCAAUGUCAAUCUCCAGCAGCCGAAAUCAAUCCCAAAUCUCCUUCCAUACAAGAAAAGAGCUAAACAGAACAAUAAUUUGAACAAGUCAGUGCUCUUAAGCCCAUUAGUUUGUCAAUACCGGUUGAGACCGGUUUCUGCGCUUGACUCAGAUGUUCCAAGUCCUAUUGAUCAGAGAUCAGAAGAUUUGAAGAGCAGCGAGAGCUUUAAGCAGUGGGAUUCAUUGACUGCAAAAUUUGCAGGAGCUGCAAAUAUUCCAUUUCUCAUAUUACAACUGCCUCAGAUAAUACUCAAUGCUCGUAACCUUCUAGCAGGAAAUAAUGCUGCAUUAUUUGCUGUUCCAUGGCUGGGGAUGUUCACUGGAUUGCUUGGUAAUUUGUCUUUGCUAUCAUACUUCAUAAAGAAGAGGGAGACAGAGGUGGUCGUUGUGCAAACGUUGGGGGUCGUGACCAUUUAUAUUGUGAUAUCACAACUAGCCAUGGCUGGAUCUAUGCCAUUACCUCAUUAUGCAGUCACUUCUGUUGUUAUUGCAUGUGGUCUUGUUGUGAACUUCAUGAACUACUUCUACUUGCUCAAUCCCGUAAUCUGGCGUUACUGGGAGGAUUUCAUUACUGUUGCUGGGCUAUCUGCACUUCCCCAAGUCAUGUGGUCAACUUUCAUCCCAUAUGUUCCAAAUACCAUCUUGCCUGGUGCUGUAGCUUUUGUUGUGGCUAUCCUAGCAGUCAUUAUGGUAAGCUAUGACAUUUGCAGCUUGUUCAUGUGGUUGCUUUUACGAGGAGAAUGUUUUGUGAGAAAGCACGGGAGAAAAUAUAUUAUUGAUAUUAGAUAAUAAAUACAAUACAAGAAG